CAGAACUUUCUCGACAAGCACCUUCUGUCACCCAACUACUUACUCGCUGCACAACUUUCAAAAUGACGGUGCUUCUGUCGUGGCGACAUACGCCAUGGCUCGUCCUCUCGAUACUGUCUCUAGUCUCCUUUGUUUCUGCCCACAUGAUUGAAGUUACAGCUUCCAGGAAAGAGUGCUUUUUCGAAGACCUACACGAACAUGACCAAAUGACAGUCACAUACCAGGUUGGAGAGGGUGGACACCUCGACAUUGACUUCUGGCUAACGGACCCAGAAAACAUUGUUCUCACUAAGCACAUCCGUGAAAGCACCGGCACGACGUCCAUAACAGCUGAAAAGGAUGGCCGAUACGAGUACUGUUUCUCUAACCAAAUGAGCACGGUGGCAGACAAGAUGGUUAGCUUCAACGUUCAUGGUAUCAUAUACGUGUCAGAAGAAGCAGAUGUCACCGCUCCCGUUGAGCGCGAGAUCCGCUCGCUCGCUAUAGGUCUCACAUCUGUCAAGGACGAACAAGAAUAUAUCGUUGUUCGCGAGCGUAGACAUCGGGACACAGCAGAAAGCACCUGCGACCGUGUAAAGUGGUGGUCUGUACUCCAAGCACUUGUAUUGGUCGCGGUAGUCGCGUGGCAGGUGUAUUACCUUAAGAGCUUCUUUGAAGUAAAGCGCGUUAUAUAGUGCAUGGACUGGGGAAAUAUCAUACGCUCGCUUCUACCACCUCAGGAUGUGUCUCACAAUCAUAACACUCAUGCUCCAAAUGAAGGAUGGUACAUCCCUAGCUUUUCAGUGCUCAGCGGUCUUCGUAGCUGUCAGAAAGAUACAAGCUUCCAGUGAUACGGACGAUUUCCAACACGCUUCCUGUGGUUGCAGAACACAUAAUGGGCGCCUAACAAAAUCAUGGCAUGGCUGACCGGUGACCAUUGUCAUGCUCGUAAUCUGUCAUUCGCACAUUUUUCUCAAGUACUCAGAAAUAUCUCG